GUUGCCCCCACCGCCAUAGCCAUAGCAGCUUAUUAGUGGUGGUUGUUGUUUUCUGCGAGCAUCGGUAAUGUCGCAGAAGCGGCAGCAAGAGGACUCCAAGGGUCGUUCGGAGGGCAAUGGGUCCGAUGAAAAGCGUCGCAAACAUCCUUCUUUCAGAAGCGUGGUACUGGAGGUGAUGAACUUGCGCAAAGUCCAGCGUUACAUGGAGCCAGUUCUGGAACCCUUGAUUCGUAAAGUUGUACAAGAAGAAGUUGAAUUGGCCCUAAGAAAGUAUUCGACCAGUAUGAAGUGGAAUGGUGGGAAAGAGAUCCACUUCUCUGAAUCGAGAAGCUUACAGUUACAGUUUGUUCCCAAAAUCUCUCUUCCUCUAUUCACUGGAACUCGUAUUGAAGGAGAAGACUGUAAGACCUUAACAGUGGCUUUAGUUGAUGCUCUUACAGGACAAUUUGUCGACUUUGGGCCUGAGGCCUCAGCAAAGGUGGAAAUAGUAGUUCUUGAGGGAGAUUUCGAUGGUGAUGAAGGAGGCAAUUGGACACUUGAAGAGUUUCAGAAUAACAUUGUUAGAGAAAGGGAAGGGAAGAAACGCCUUCUUACUGGGGAAACAAUGUUAAGUCUUAAAGAUGGCAUUGGUUUUGUGGGUGAGAUUUCUUUUACAGAUAAUUCAAGCUGGACUAGGAGCCGUAAAUUUAGUCUGGGGGCAAGAGUUGUGGAUAAUUUUGAUGGAAUCAGAGUAAGAGAAGCAAAGACUGAAUCCUUUAUUAUCAAGGAUCACCGUGGAGAAUUGUACAAGAAGCACCAUCCCCCAUCUCUGCCUGAUGAAGUAUGGCGGCUCAAAAAAAUUGGUAAAGAUGGAGCUUUCCACAAGCGUUUGAGUAGCGAAAAUGUCCACUCUGUGCAGGAUUUUCUGAGACUGUUCUUUGUAAACCCUGCCAGGCUUAGAAAUAUCCUUGGCGCGGGUAUGUCUGCUAAAAUGUGGGAAGCUACUGUAGACCAUGCUCGGACAUGCUCAAUUGAUCCUAGGUUUUACUUUUACUGUCCUCCUGGAUCUCAGCGGAAAUCUGGUGUGGUUUUCAAUGUCGUGGGACAAGUGAUGGGACUACUUUCGGAAUGCCAAUAUUCUCCUAUCGAUAAGCUCUCUGAAACUGAGAAGGCUGAAGCCCAUGACUUGGUAAUAGCUGCAUUUGAACAGUGGAGAGAUGUAGUCUCUUUCAAUGAUGAGGCCUCUCUCAUGGAUGGCUCGUCGCGCUUGUUCAAUAACGAGCUGUACUCAAACUCAGCCAUGGUGGAGACUUCUGAUGGGUGUAAGAUUUUGACUUCUCCAAAGAUUGUUAGAUUCGAUUAUCCACAAUCAAGUGUGUGUUCUCCGGAUAUCAUGCCUUCUUCCAUUUGCUCCGUUGGAGGUGUGAAUAGCUUGGAUGAUUUUGGGUUUUUGCAUAAUAUUGACAACAGGGAUGUUAGAUUUGAACAGCCUCCAAAUUUCUCCAGUCAAGUUGUGAACUCUCUGCUCUGUGAAACUGAGUCCAUUACUCAAACCUUCUAUGAUGAUGAUCAUCUGCAGUAUUUCGAUCCUGAUUGUUCCGUUCAAUCUCUGAAAUCCAGUUUGGAAUCAAAAACUGAAUUACGCACUUCUGUUAAUGCUGUUAUAUUGUCUAGCUCUUCAAUUUUUGCUCAGAAGAGAUGGACAGUCUUAAUCAGUGUGCUGAAGUGGUUCUCAUCAAUAAAGAGGAUCGUGGCCAAAAAAACCCACAGACAGAAAAGCAGAGAUACCGUUGAUUGGCAACCCAGAAAGUAAAAUAUUUUACUGUCAGAAAAUGCAAAUGUAUCAUUAGUUACUGCUGCCCGACUGAAUAGAAUAUUGUGUGCAGUUGUUAGAAUAGGACAAGAAGUUUUUGGUUGAUGUAUAUGCAGCGAGUAGUGCAUAAAUGUAGUGUAGAUGCUUUUCACAGUUGUGAAUGUUGAACUUGAAAUUGACGCUGUAAACUGAGUUGCAGAAGCGUUUGUUUAAUACAAGUAGUCUCAGAUACCUUGAACAAAUUGUAGUAGUCAUG